AUGAACAAUACCACGGCUCAAAUUAUUAACGUUCAAUUGCGAAACAAUAAUGUCCAGUUACAAAGGUCUCAGAAUUUUGGUGGUCUACAAAAUGGUAAUGCCCAAUAUCAAGGAGCCUUAAAUAUUGGCAGGCAGCCUCUAAGACCUCAGAACCUAUUCAACAGUACUUCCAUUGCCGUUCAAUAUUACGCAGCCUUAGUUGAAGGCACAGAAUUCUUUGAAACACAAGGUAUAGAAAAUCCGCCACCACAGAGAACUCAAUCUUUAACGCCGAUGAUUUCUGG